AUGAGCUUUCGUGGUAAUUUAUGGGCGCUCCCUUGUCUGGACGCCAAGUGGCUGAAUGUGGAUCUCAUUGGCGCCCUGCGAAGCACAGAGGACACAGCGGUGCUCUACAACCACCUUCUGCAGGACAAUGAGCUCAGUCAGACAGCAUUUAAGGGUGUGGAAAAUGACGCCGGAAACAUGGCUUACGUCAGUGACGUGGGAAAGUUUUUCUGCGGCGUCGAGAAGACGUCCUGCUCCUGCUGCCCCGGCUUCUGUCUGGCCAACACCUGUGGAUGCAAUUCCUGUCAGAGAUUGAGUGCUGACGCCGCGGGGGCAGCGGCCAAGAAGUUCUGCUCCGACAACCAACUUUCCGGACAAUUCACUUCAGAGAAUCUCAUUGAGUCCUGGCUUUGGGACUCGAUUCCCAGCAAGGAGCGCAAGUGCACAGCCCGGAAGUCGCUGCUGAAUGAGCAGAGGGAGAUCUCCUUGCAGGCGGCGGGGAGCUGCCUGUCAGCCAUCCACCUGAGGCAGAGACUUCUCAUCUACCAUCGCUACUUCAUUGCCUUGGCCAGAACGAAGCCGCCUCUGAAGAAUGACAGCGCCACACCAAAGAAUGCCGAAUUGAAGCUGCAGAAGUUUGCCAGUGUGGACACGACGAACCGUCUGGAGAUUGACCGGACAGUUCUGGGACUCGGCCUGGCACGAGUGGGCACCAGAGCAGCCCUCAACUUCUCUUUCGCCUUUCUCCGGCGUGCCUGGCGCUCCGGAGAGGACACUGAGCUGUGCAGUGAGCUUCUGACUGAGGCUCUGGAGUCGCUUCAUGGCCUGCCUGAGGCGUCUCUCUUCAACAGUGGCGAGAUAUCUCCGCUGUGGAUUGAGGUUCUCGAGAGAUCCAUCAAAUUCCUGCGCCAGGUGGUUCUGGGCGACAUCAUGGGAACACGAUGCAACGUCCCGCGUGAGGAUAGACACACAGCCCUCAAUUUGCUCCUGGAAUUGGGCAUUCAGAAGGGAAAUCUCGGCUCAGCCCUUGAAGGCGUGCUCCUUCUGCUCAAUCUCUGGGAGAAAGACAAGGACACCGAGGACAAUCGAGCACUACCAAAGAACCAUGGAGCUCCUCUCGUAGCCAUCCUUAAGAGAUUCGAGAAGAUCAACCAAAAUUACGGAUCCUCUCAUCUUGGAGAGAACAACUCAACUAAUCCAACAGAGUCCUUCCUGCGUUUCUUGACCCUGCCAGAGUCGGAUUCUGAUUUGAUUGAUCUGAAGCAGGCCGCCGUGGUGAUUAUCAGUCAUCUGGAUCGCUUGGCUAAGCCUCAUCUCGUGACUGGAAACUUCAUGACGAAGUCCUGCACUUCAUUAGCCUCGUCAUCGACUCAAACUCAGCAAGUGUUUACGCUCGGUUGGCUGUCGCUUAACUGUGACAACUAUGGAUACUCGCGGGACUUGUGUGUGAAUCAGGGCACGUGUGUCAUGGGUCAGCAGUACUCAGCCACCAUCCUCGAUCUCCCCAUGGAUUUAUCUAUAGCCCAGAUCGUGUGCAGUGAGGGCACAAUUCACAUUCUCACCACGAAAGGUGAGGUGUUCGCGAUAAAUGCCACCUCGGCCAGUGAGACGGUCAAUCCGCAACUUGUUGACGGCUUUGGCACGGUGCCAGUGAUGAAAGUGGCAUCUCACUGCGAGGGAUGCCACUACUUGGCACUGAAUGCAGAACAGCAAGUGUAUUCGUGGGGCAGUGGCGAAGGAGGUCGCCUGGGACAUGGUGACAGUCAACCGAGAGAGAAUCCCACGAGGAUUUCCUACUUCACGGACAAGCCCGUUGUUAGCAUUCACUGUGGCACAACUUACAGUGCAGCAAUUUCAGCUAGUGGAGAGCUGUAUACUUGGGGCAGAGGCACAUAUCGACGUCUCGGACAUGACACGUCGGAGGACAAGUUGAUGCCCACCCUGGUUACUUGUCUGAUUGGCCAGAGAGUGAGAGAUGUGGCUCUGGGAACAGGAGAUGCGCACACUCUGUGUGUCACUGACAUGGGAUCCGUCUAUGCCUGGGGUGAUGGAGACUACGGAAAACUCGGAACGGGAUCCAGCAAUGACUGUCACACUCCUACGCUUGUGGAGUCCCUCUCGAAGGUUGUUCGAGUGUUUUCGGGCGCCCAGUUCAGUGUUGCUCUGACUGAAGAUGGCUCAGUGUACACUUGGGGGAAUGGGAAUGGUGGAAGGCUUGGCCAUGGACCUGGAGCCAAUCACAGCAACAUUCCGCGACUAGUGGAGGGUCUUCAGGGACGCGGAAUUGUAGAUAUUGCCGUGGGAUCGGCGCACUGUCUCGCACUGGCGGCUUCUGGAGAACUCUUCGGAUGGGGAAGGAAUGAUUAUCAGCAAGUUUGUCCCUCUUCAAUAUGCCGAGACCCCAUAAUUGCCACCCCUAUUCUCACCACACCUGCCACCAUGAGACUCUCGGGUAUGGCCUGUGGAGCAGCGUACAGCAUUGUCUUCUGUCACUCCUCAAUGCUGGGACUUCCUAUGCGGAUCCCGUUCGUGGUAGAUCUGGCUGAGCACACCUUCCGUCUCUUGGAUCAGUUGUUGGGCAUCGUUAUGGGCGCUGCAACAUCCAGUGAGCUUCGCUACCCACCGAAUCAGGAGUCUGAGUGCAUCGCUGUGGCAUGUCUCAAUCUCUUGCGACUUCAGUUGAAUGCUGUGAUUGUGAACAAUGUGUUGCCCAAGAGUGUCGGUCUCGGUGAAGGUUCUCGUCUGUUGAGCAGUCUGAAGACGCGCAUACUGAGCCUCGCUGGCGGUCCUGUGAUUCUCAAGACUAUCCAAGAUACAGCUCAAUCAACCCUGCAAAUUGGAUGGAGUGUUCUGCUGCCAACGGCGUCGGAACGAGCUCAGACGCUGUCUGCCCUGUUGCCGAGUGGUGUGGACAACAAUAUUUCUACAGCGGGACAUCGCUUUAUGACAGACCUUCUCGUGGGCUCCCUCAUGGCCGAGGGUGGUCUCCAGACGGCUCUUAAUCAAGUGAUCAAUUGUGAACCUGAGGACACAUCGAAUAGCCACAAUCUGCCACUGUUGCAUCUCAUCAAGCAGCUACUGAGGAACAAUUCGGCACUCACGCAAGCGAGAUUGAAUCAACUGUUAUCAGGACAGUAUUCAAAGUCUGCAGAAGAGAAUCCUAUCUCCUUCACAGAACAUCCGUCACCUAGUUUGGAUUUGCUGCAUCGCUUCCAAAGGCUUCUCCUUUCGAGAAUUCACCGGUCUAAGCUGGAGGAUAUUCAGGGAGCUGAGGGACUUCUUGCAAAGUACAUUUACAACGUAGUGAAGUUCUCCUUAGCUACCAUCCACAAGGCUUAUGAGGUGUCUCUACAGAAGUCCGAAGGAGUGGCAGAUGUAUUGAAGGCUGACAUCUCCGAUACACUUCUGUAUGAGCUCAUCAUCGGUUUGGUGCUAAUUCAUAAAGAUUGCUCUCUGAUUCUCACGUCAUUUGAGUGGAUAAAAGUCUUCACACCUCUCCUCACUGCCCUGGACAAUUUGAAUCGCGUAAUAUGCGAGAAUGAAAUUCAGGAUGCUGAUGACAUGGGUUGGCCAGCAAUUCUUUGUCGAGGUGCUCAGAAACAACCCUCAGUUCCUGCACCUGAGGAGUCUCCAGUGAUUCGCAAGACAGAUCUUGAGAAUCACAAUCUCUCUGGAGGUCAAUGGCUUGUAAUGAAUGGAUUUGUUUGCAACAUUGAGGGAUAUGAGAAUGAGAAUCCGAGCACAAGCGAUUUUUUGAGACAGGGCGUGGGCAAAGAUGUGAGUAAUGAGAUGAAUUUAGUACAGCACAGGAGUGCCUUGGAACACAUCACGACUCACCUGAGGGUGGGCAAGUAUGGCUUAAGUGAUUGUGAUGAGAAAGUGCCACAAAAUCGUGUCCCUUACGUGACACACUUUAAUACCCAGCGCACGUUGGCGUAUCUACUGGGGCUGCGAAGUGGACUACUGCAGCUGGGAAUUGCUCAGCAACCGGCUGAGACACACUGCAAGUCCUUGCUCAAUAGUGCGAUUCUGAGUGGAGGUCUUCAAGUGCUGCAGCCAGCAAAUCCCUUCGAUGAGGAGAAGGGCGAAGCAAGGAGUAGUGCUUCGACAGCUGGAAGCACUCCAACAGAAUCCUCCAAUCAGAUUCCACUGCAGGAGAUGCCAGAGCUCAACUGCUGGCCUCUGUCACGAAUUAACCAGAGAGUUGACUCACUCCUGACUGGUCUGGGAGAAUCUCGCAUGACUGAUCCACUGGUAUCAGCUUGGAUUACCAUUUCCGAGAGGUACUGCAAGGAGAACAAUCUCAUUUGGCACCAAGAUUAUCCACCAGAGCAUCCUAUUCAGGAAUUUGAGCGACUUCUCACUGCCGUACUCUUCCGUCAUCAAAGUCUAGGACCCUUGGUCCUUGCUGUGGUUGACUGUGAAUUGAGUGGUGUGACUUUGACGGGUAAACCGCCAAAGCCUGUUGCUGAAAUCAUAAAGAUUGUCAACCAGACAAAGUGGGCAUUGAUAAGAACUCGACAGCAACUCAAUAGAAGCUACAAGGAAGUGUGUGCACCAAUUCUGGACAAAUGCCGGUUUCUUCUGUAUGAAGUGCGGCCAGCCGUAAGCACAGAACAAUCAGCUCUUAAUCGUUUGUGCAUCCUUCACAAGCAACCACGAUUCAAGAGUGUUGUUCAUCGGAUAAUUAAUGAAAUGCGGAUUGCCAAGAAGCAACUUGAAUGUGCAAAACCGGAAGAUAUUCUCAAUGUUACUAUCCAGAGUCAACAUACGGCCAUUAAGAUCAGUACGCCGGAGAAUGUGGAAAAGGGAAGUUCUGAGAAUCUCGAUGCGAUACUCACACCGGAAAAUAGAAAUGUUUCCCAUGAGAAUCUCGUGGAUGUGACGGAAGAUCUGCGAUCAGAGAAGAAGACAUCGAAUGUGGAUGAGGCCAAGACGCCCACGAAUGAGAAUAACAGCAACUUCAUGAGGCGCAAGGAAGACUGCGAGUCGGCUGAGCAGUUUAUCAGUAAUGUGAUAGCGAAGUUGAGUGAGAAGAGCAUUCAGAAUGCCAAAGCGAAUCCCGCCAGUGAGAAUGUGGUGAGUCAGAUUGUGGAGUUUGUCACACAAGACAUUUGUGAUGUGGAGACCCUGAGGAGGGCAAUGUUCUGUCAAGUGCAACGAUAUCAAAUGAGGAAGCAAGGCCUUGAGAUGUUCAGUGAGAUCCUCAAGCACACUGAACUCCUCGAUGCUGUGCAGUACAAUAUGCUGAAUGGAUUUCUGGGUCUGUUUCUCGGGAAGCCGGAACAAGUGUUCUUUGGCAAUGUUCUCGAUGACCUCAACUUGAUUACGGCGUAUCAGAAAGCUGACCUGAUUCUCACUCAUGCGAAAAUCAUGGAAUGGGCAAUUGGAGAGAUUCAGAAGUUUGUGAGUCAGGAACAAAUCUAUGGAAAGCAGAAGCAUCAUGGAGAGAAGGACAAUUCAAAUCUCGGCACUUAUGUCUUCCUCAAGAAACUCUCUAGAGCGAGAUUUCUUCUGAGUGUCUUUGGAAUAAUGGCGAAAGACUUGGGAGCCAAUGAAUUGAGUUUCCUCAUCAAUUCUGGCAUUCUGGGCUGUAUUUUGGGACUCCUGCGCCAAAUGGGUGGCGAUGUAACAACCAUCAGGAGUGGAACUGAGCUGAGUGUCGUGUAUGAGGACACUAUAUUGAAGCAAAAGACCUCCAGAGCCAAUCUCACGGGACCAGAGAUGGCGAAACUCAUGAAGAUUGGCACGAGAAUCGUCCGUGGAUCUGACUGGAAGUGGGGCGAUCAAGAUGGUCCAACGCCUGGCGAGGGAAGAAUUAUCAGUGAACUGGGAGAAGAUGGCUGGGUGAGGGUGGAAUGGGACACAGGCGCCACAAAUUCGUACAGAAUGGGAAAGGAAGGUCAGUAUGAUUUGCGACUAGCCGACAGCCUGUCGAAUAUUGUGUCUCCGGACUCUGAUUCUGAGAAGGAAGAUCUUCUGAAUGAAAUUAUUCUGAGCGGAGAUUCUCAUCCCACAAAACUCCUGCGCCACAGCUGCCUGAAAAUGCUUCAGAUCUUCUCUGUGGGCGUUGGUCAGCACGGUGAUAGGAUGCAGAGGAGUGCAGUCUUUGGGCUGGCUUCGAUGUUCAGAGCAGUGUUGUCAGCAAAGACGGGCUUUCAGAAUCUCGGCUUUGAGCACUGGACCACCUUGGGAUUCCUCAGAGCUAUUUCAUCAUCGAAGGAAUUGACACAGUAUCUGACUUCAGAGCCAUGGCUUAAUCUUCACAUUGAUAUUCUUGAUUCGCCAAAUGACAAGGAAACAGACAUUUACAGAAAAAUUCAAAGUCUGCGACUGCUUCAGGCGACUUUGGUGAAUUGGACCACAUUAAAUCAAGAUCGAAUGAUGCCACUGAUUGAGAAACUCUUCAGUUGUCUUGGAAAGACAAUUGUCCUGUGCUCCAACGACAGUUCACUGAUUCAGAAUCCGGCUGAUUUGAAGUCACGAGUUCUUGUCUCUUCGUCGUACUCGGGAACAAUUGCUGAAGAGAUCAUUCUCUUAUUAAGGAGAAUUCACACGGUUCCCGCAUGGAAUGGAACUAUAAAUGAGUUUCUCUCUGAGAAGCUGUGCAUCGCAGCGGAUUUGUUCACACAAGAUAAUACAGAAGAGGACAUUGAUGAUGAGAAAAUUCAUAUUGUGGGCGCUCUCAGUUUAAUUGGAGGAUACGAUCCUCGGCCAAGACUGGGUUCUCAUAUCAAUAUUGAAGGGAGUUUGGGAACAAUAACGCGAUUUACCAGCAAAGGCAAGGCAGUGAUUUCUCUUCAUGUCAGUGGAGAUAUCAAGAAACUCUCCUUGUCGAGUGUGAAGGAUUCUCUGGAAGUGCCGAUGUUUAAUCUAUCUCGUUUGCCAACAAAUGAGAUGCUCGUGAAUUCUUGGGCAAUGCUAAUCUACGGUCCUGGAGAGAGACGAUACACUGCCAGCGGAAAGAUAGACAUCUGCCUUCUGAGAUCCCAGCAAGUUCAAUUGGCCAGUCUCUGUGCCACAAACGUACUGUUCAAGAAUCAGUGCACACUGAGGAAGAUUCUGAAGCAAAGAACCUGUGGAUUGAGUCGUUGCUCAUCCGAUGACAGUCUGAGUGAUGACGGGAAUGAUCAGAAUUCGAGUGGGGAACCAUUGGAGACGGAGGAGAAACCUGAAGAUGAACUUCUAAUUCAGAAUAUUCUCAUGAGAGCCACUCAACCGAGUCCUUUGAAGGCCUGCUACAGUUACAACGAACUCUAUCUGGCUGCCCUCAGUAUAUCCCAAAUGCUGGCCAGCAAUCUCCAUGCGCAAAUGACGGGAUCAAGUGUCUUGAGGAAUUUUCCACCUCCUGUCCAGACAACUCUCAUCCACGGCGUGCCUCUGUACAAUGAUGCCGCUAAUGAGGAUAACUCCAUCGCCCGAAGAAAUCCUCCAUCAGCUCUGGUGCAGCAGAUAAUGGAGAUGGGACUGUCAAGGCGAGCUAUAGAGUUUGCCAUUAGCCAACUUACUGCAAAAUCCGAUGUUCCACCAACAGCCGAUCAAGUGGUUCUUUGGCUUUUUGAACAUGACUCCGCGAGCAGCAAUGUAGCAACUGAGGGAGCAGCAUCGAUGGACUAUCUGGCGGUGAACAAUGAAUCGGAUACAGAGAGUGCAGUUUCGGACACUCAAGAUUGGUCUUCGACAACUCAAGAUGCUCCUGUGAGGUAUGCCUUGAGAGAGGACUUCAAGACAGCUGAUCAGUACGCUAUUUAUGUGCGAGGACAUGUCUGUCCAGGCAUGACUGUGAGAUGUGUUAAGGAUUUCGAGGAGAUCAGAGUGGGAGACAUUGGGACUGUGUUGAAGGUAGAUGCGGAAGGUCUUCACGAUCUCAAUGUUCAGGUGGACUGGAUGAUGCACGGAUGCACUUAUUGGGUGGCAUUUCUUCAUUUGGAGCUUAUGGCUCCGCCACCACCAAAGGAAACUCCAACUCCAGCUCAGGGAACACCAUCAACUCCUCAGCAGAUCACCAUUGGCACCAAUGUGUGCCUCAAGAGAGCCAUCUCGGUGCCCUUCGCGAGGACUAAGAGUAAGGUGUUGCCCAAGGGAACGGUGGGCACUGUGUGGGCAGUGAAUGGACGUGAAGUGAGUGUAGAGUUUCCCGGUAAUUUCCAGUGGACUGGGCUGGUGAGUGACUUGGAGAUAACUCAGGCUGAACCGAGUCAGCAUAACUUCUUGGGCGGAAAUGAAGAUGAACUCACCGAUGACUGGAGCAAAUGCAUAAAAUCUCUAACAGUAUCGUCCAAUGAGUCCACGGCGAAGCAUCUGCUGGACAAGUCAUCGAACUGCUGGCAGAGCACAGGAGCGCAAGGUGGGAAACACUGGAUCCGUUUGGAAAUGCACGAUAAGAUGCUGAUACACUCACUAUCGAUCACGGUGAGUUCCGCCGAUCACUCUCACAUGCCCUCACUCGUGGUGGUUCGCGUGGGCGACACUGUGGCCGGACUGAAAGAUCUGAGUUGGGUGAGCGUGAAAGUGACGGACACCGUUGUACCUCUUCUGACUGGAGUCAAGCAAUUCUAUGCUUUUGUUGAGAUCGUCAUCAAGCAGUGCCGCAACAAUGGGAUCCAAUGCAAAGUUCACUCCAUCAACAUCAUCGGACAGAAGCAGCAGACUGAUUUGGACUUGAUGCUCCUCAAUGCAUCCUUCCUAGCGUCGGAGUACGACAUUGGGACCAGUGAUAAUAGUUCAAAUUCCUAUACAAGCCCACCUGAAGACAACAAUUGUCGUGAUCAGUUUCAGUGCAAAGCACUUGUUUGGGGUCUGAACGACAAGGAGCAGUUGGGUGGACUCAAGGGAUCCAAAGUGAAGGUGCCCACGUUUUCACCGGCUCUCAGUCAACUCAAUCCCAUUCACAUUUCUGGCGGAUCAAAAUCCCUCUUCGUUGUGUCACAAGAUGGAAAGGUGUAUGCUUGUGGCGAAGGCACGAACGGACGCCUUGGAUUGGGUCACAAUUGCAAUGUAUCCACACCACGACAAAUUCCCGUCCUCAGUCAGUAUGUCGUGAAGAAGGUCGCAGUGCAUUCGGGUGGAAAGCACGCCUUAGCUUUGACUCUGGAUGGCAAGAUAUUCUCCUUUGGCGAAGGUGAAGAUGGCAAACUAGGACAUGGAAAUCGAAUGACUCUGGAUAAACCUAAGCUAAUUGAGGCUCUGCGAUCCAAAAGAAUCCGAGAUGUGGCAUGCGGAUCGAGUCAUAGUGCCGCCAUCACCAGUUCAGGAGAGCUCUACACUUGGGGAUUGGGCGAAUAUGGACGCCUGGGACAUGGUGACAACAGCACUCAAUUGAAGCCCAAACAAGUGAUUGCUCUCUUGGGCCAUCGAGUCGUGCAGGUGGCUUGCGGCAGUCGGGAUGCCCAGACUCUGGCUCUGACUGAGGAAGGACUAGUGUUUUCCUGGGGUGAUGGUGACUUUGGGAAACUAGGACGCGGUGGAUCGGAAGGUUGUUCGCUGCCACAGCAAAUUGAACGUCUCAAUGGCGUAGGAGUGGUCCAGAUUGAGUGUGGAGCUCAGUUUAGUCUCGCCCUCACGUCCAAUGGUGAAGUGUGGACCUGGGGCAAGGGCGACUACUUCCGCUUAGGCCACGGAUCAGAUCAGCAUGUGCGAAAGCCGACUCCAAUUCAGGGUCUGCGUGGGAAGAAAGUCAUCCAUGUGGCUGUUGGUGCUCUUCACUGUCUCGCUGUGACGGAAACCGGGCAAGUGUUUGCUUGGGGUGACAAUGAUCAUGGACAGCAAGGAUCAGGAAACACAACGGUGAAUAAGAAGCCAUAUUCAGUGGUUGGACUGGAGGGAGUGUUUGUGAAUCGAGUUGCUUGCGGGAGUUCACACUCAGUGGCCUGGUGUCUGCCCCAAAGUCCAGCUGAAGAGGACAAAAAGGAACCCAUUGCAUUCGGGGUGAACAAGGAUCCUCUAGGCAGCAAUAGUUUGGGCAUUUACGACUCUGAGGCGCAGCUGACUAAUUCAACGACAUCCAAGUCACAAUCAAGAAAAUCCCUCUCAGAGAUUGUCCUUUCCAUUGAAAGUCUUGGCGCCCGGCAAAUGGCUCUCAAUUACAUCCUGAACUCAAUGAGUAUUCUUCAGGCCAGGCAGGCCAUCAUUGCCGCUCUCACGAGCCACAGUCAAACAAUUAUGGUGAACACGGAGAAGUCUCUGGUGGAAAGCUGCGAGGAAGCACCGAAGGAGAUUGUGGAGUCACCAGCAGUGCAGACAACUAUUCAGGAGAGCAUCAUAGAGCAAGAGACAAUAGCACAUGGAGGAGGUGAAGCUCCUGCUGAACUGGUUAACGCGCCUGAUGUCUCACCUGAUAACGAUCUCGUUCUGGCGAAUGUGAAUCUCCAAAGUGGUCCAUUGAGUGCUUUUCAGACUCUCACAGGAUCAAUGUCUCAGUCUGGAUCCAUCUCUAGCUGUAAUGCCACGCAGAAGCAUUCAAAGAUGUCAGCGAGCGCUAUGUCCGUGAUGGCAGCAACAAUGACUCAUCAAGAUGAAAUGGUUCACGAGGCUAAUACACUCGAGUUGGAUGAUAUAACAUGCCUUCUUGGGGAGCCGGAAGCCAAGAGCCUGGUGGAGUUGCUUAAGCUGAGUGUCGCCGGUCGAUGUGGCAGUGCCAACACGUCGGAAACUAUCGCAAGUACUCUUAUCACUCUUGGCGCCAACAGUCCAGUCAUUGGAUCAAUGCUCCUGGAGACGUGUAUCACAGAACUUGAGGAUCUCUGCACUUCGCGCCACUGCCUAGGGAAGAUUCCAAAACCCGUUGUCCAGGAGACAUGCCACCCUUAUAUCGACGAUGUCACUCUUGUCGGACACGUAAAAAUUCCUGGAGCUGAAGCUCUCAGGAUUGAGUUCGAUAGCCAGUGCUCCACGGAGAAGAGAAAUGAUCCUCUGGUGAUCAUGGAUGGCUUCUGUCGAGUGGUGGCCACGCGAUCGGGUCGAGAGUAUCCUCAGUGGGCGCCAGAGAUUCGCAUUCCAGGCGAUGAGAUGCGAUGGAAGUUCAUCAGCGACAGUUCAGUGAAUGGAUGGGGAUGGAGAUUCUGGGUGCACGCCAUCAUGCCAUCGUCUUUUCUGCAAGAACUGUGCUCAGAUCGCGCUGUUCUCUCACAGCCCUCAAUGGAUCUCGUGAUGGCACUUCUUGAUUCACGGUUGUGUGUGCAAAUCUCUGGGGUAUUCCUGAGAUUGACAGCAGCUUUGGCGUCCUGUGCUCAGCUGAGUACUCUCACGUGUGUCCAGCGCAUCUGGGCGCUAAAGAAACUUCACGAAGUACUAACUUCCAAGUCGGCUCCAAAGUCGUACUACGAUGCCACCAUAAGUGGCAUCUUGACACCACUCAUACCUGGCUUGUUGCGUCAGUACGAGUAUGAGGAGCCACAAGUGAGGGGAGGAAUCCACCUGAUGCACUCUGAGUACUUUAAGACCCUGGCGGAGCUAGCGUGCGACAUGCAAUUGGAUUGCAAUCUGCCGCAGGGAGACUCGCACAAGUGGUCAUGGUUCAGACGCUAUUGUACAGCUGUUCGAGUGGCUCAAGCGCUCAUUCGUCGCACUGUACUGCCGCAGCAAUUCUGCCUGGAAAUUAGGAAGAAGCUGGCUGAGAUGAAUCCCAAUCCGCCCAGUGGAACGUCAACAUCUCUGCUCUCGGUCAGCUCUGCAAGCAGCCUCUCGGGCAGCGUCAAUAUACAGUACAUCGAUUCGGUGUCGCCUACGCCACCGUGUGUGCCGCUAGAGAUAGAGAAGAGUCUCUCGAUGGGGGCCGAACAGUAUCUGCAUGAGGAUCAUAGUGUGUUCAAGCCGCAGCAUGACAGUCAACUGCUGCAGUGGCUUAACCGACGGCCUGAGGACUGGGCAUUGUCUUGGGGUGGUGCCAGCACGAUCUACGGAUGGGGUCACAAUCACCGUGGUCAAUUGGGUGGACUUGAGGGCGGCAGGAUAAAGACACCCACUCCGUGUGAGGCCCUGAGUCUUCUACGCCCCGUCCAAUUGGCGGGAGGCGAGCAGACGCUGUACGCUGUGACGGCAGAUGGGAAGCUCUUCGCGACGGGAUACGGAGCUGGUGGACGUCUGGGCAUCGGUGGAUCGGAAUCUGUAUCGACUCCCACUCUUGUGGAGUCUCUGCAGCAUGUGUUCGUGAAGAAAGUGGCUGUGAAUUCUGGUGGGAAACACUGCCUCGCGCUCACGUCUGAUGGCGAGGUGUACUCCUGGGGAGAGGGCGAGGAUGGCAAGCUGGGCCAUGGCAAUCGCUUGAGCUACGAUCGCCCGAAGCUCAUUGAGGCACUGUCUGGUGUUGGAGUGGUGGAUAUUGCGUGUGGAAGUGCUCACUCGGCUUGCAUCACUUCCCAGGGACUCGUGCUGACGUGGGGAAAAGGACGCUAUGGACGUCUAGGAUUGGGUGACUCUGAAGAUCAGACCCGGCCAAAGAUGGUUGAGGCUUUGCUGGGCUAUCGAGCCAUUGACAUUGCCUGUGGCUCCGGAGAUGCCCAGACGCUCUGCAUCACGGAUGAUGACAACGUGUGGAGCUGGGGUGAUGGAGAUUAUGGAAAGCUGGGUCGUGGCGGCAGUGAUGGAUGCAAGGUUCCAACGAAGAUUGAGGUUCUCGCUGGAUUGGGAGUGAUCAAGGUGGAGUGCGGAUCCCAGUUCUCGGUGGCUCUGACGCGAUCUGGAGCGGUGUACACUUGGGGAAAGGGUGACUACCAUCGGCUGGGCCAUGGCUCGGUGGAUCACGUGAGGAGACCGAAGAAGAUCGCCACUUUGCAGGGUAAGAAGAUCAUCUCAAUAGCCACGGGAUCGCUGCACUGUGUCGCCUGCAGUGAUCAAGGCGAGGUGUUCACGUGGGGUGACAAUGAUGAGGGACAGCUGGGCGAUGGAACUGUGAGUGCAAUUCCACGGCCGAGACUCGUGACGGCGCUCCAGGGAAAGCACAUUGUGAAGGUGACUUGCGGAUCUGCCCACACACUGGCUCUGUCGACAUCACAACUUAACGAGGGCUGUCGUCCGCCUCCACUGCCACCGCUAGAGUAUGAUCUCUGUCGCGAUCUCCCGCCAGACGCCCUCCAUGCGCGACUCGUGCUGCUGCAUCACUUCUCAGAGCUGAUCUGUCCUUGUCUGGCCAUGUUGCCAAUCAGUGGAGAACUGUCGCUGAGCAGCCUCAAGGAUCUCCUGGUGUACAGCAUCAAAGAAGCAGCGUUCAGGAAAGUUAUACAGACCACGAUGGUCAGGGACAAGCAGCACGGUCCAGUGAUAGAGCUGAAUCGGAUUCAGGUGAAGAGAUCGCGCAUGAAGUGUGGCGGCGGAUUAGCUGGCGUGGAUGGCAUGAAGAGUGUCUUUGGUCAGAUGGUGCACAAACUGCCGCUUCUGACGCAAGAAGCCCUGUCACUGCCUCAUCGAGUGUGGAAGGUGAAAUUCGUCGGAGAGAGUGUGGAUGAUUGUGGCGGUGGAUACAGCGAAUCCAUUGCUGAGAUGUGCGAUGAGUUGCAGAAUGGCAGCGUGCCUCUUCUCAUCCAAACACCCAAUGGUCGCGGUGAAGCUGGUGCCAAUCGUGACUGUUUCCUCCUUGAUCCCACCCUGGCGACGGUGCUGCAGAUGAACAUGUUCCGCUUCCUCGGUGUGCUCAUGGGGAUCGCCGUGAGAACUGGUUCGCCACUGAGUCUGAAUCUGGCAGAGCCAGUUUGGAGGCAACUCUCAGGAGAGAUCCUCCGGCCGGCGGACUUGACGGAGAUCGAUAGAGACUAUGUGGCUGGAUUGCUGUGCAUUCGCGACAUGGAUGAUGAUCCCAAAGUCUUUGACACACUUGAACUUCCAUUUGGCACACCUUCGGCGAAGGGUCAUGAGAUUUCUCUCUCCACGAGAUUCACCAAGAUAACUCCUCAGAAUCGUCAUGAGUACAUCAAAUUGGCACUGAAUUAUCGUCUCCAUGAGUUUGAUGAGCAAGUCAAGGCAGUUCGCGACGGCAUGUCCAAGGUGAUUCCCGUGCCACUGCUCUCUCUCUUCUCUGCCUCUGAACUCCAAGCCAUGGUCUGCGGUAGUCCCGACAUCCCGCUGGGUCUCCUGAAGUCUGUGGCAUCUUACAAGGGUGUGGAGCCCACUUCGAAUCUCGUCACGUGGUUCUGGGAAGUAAUGGAGGAGUUCAGCAAUCAGGAGCGCUCCCUCUUCCUGCGCUUCGUGUGGGGCAGAACACGUCUGCCGCGGACAAUUGCUGACUUCCGUGGCAGGGACUUUGUUCUCCAGGUGCUGGACAAGUACAAUCCACCUGAUCACUUCCUCCCCGAGAGCUACACGUGUUUCUUCCUUCUGAAAAUGCCCCGAUACACAUGCAAAGCUGUGCUGCAGGAGAAACUGAAGUAUGCUAUUCACUUCUGCAAGAGCAUAGACUCCGAUGAGUACGCGCGUGUUGCAAUUGGGGAGCCCACGGAGACGACAGGCAGUGAGGAUAGUGACAUAGAAUCUGUGACAAGUCACAAUUUCUUCAAUUAGCGACUAAAUUAUUUUUCAUCCUGUAGAAAACUUCUAGUCUCAUGUGAUUUUCGGUUUUUAGUUAGACAGAAACCUCUUCCUCAUCUUCUCUACGACCCGGUAGACAACAAGUGAGGGCAGUUUUCCUCAAUUCCGAUAGUCAUAUUUCCUCUAUCCAGUGGAACAUUCCGAGCAAUUUAACUUUUCCUGCGGAAUGAUCUUGCAUUUUAACUGAAGAACGGUAAUUUGUGUUAGAGUUCCUCGAAGAUGACUACCAAAGAGAGGUCAUUUUCAAUUGAAAGAAAAAAAGAUUACACUAGACAUUAACUUUGCUGAUAUUCCUUUUCCUACAUAGAAGCACCACAGCCAGAUAGAAAUGCCCAGUUAGGCAUAGUUUAGAUUUAGCAGCUAAAUUUUGCCACUUUGCGUCACAGCAGAAUUGAUGAAGUUAUGGCAUAAACAGCAUAAUGAAUUUAAGACAGAAGAUUGAAGUUAUUAUUAAGAAGAGCUUAAGAUAACGAGUGAGGAAAGAAGUAAUCAAAAGAAAUAUUCAUGUCCAAGGGAUGAUGUUUUUUUUCUGGGAGUUGUGAGUGAAUUUAACUGUCUAGAAGUGUAUUCACGAAAAAAAAGUAUAUUGAUGUCUGUAUUUGAUGGACGAACCAAGAAGCACCACAAUUUAACCCUCCUUGCUCUCUCCUUUGCGCCACACACACAAAAUCACAGGUAUUUUUGGAUUGUCUCCAAUGGAACAAAGGGCAGAAUCACUGGCUUUUUUCUAUAUGUAUUAAAUCUCUGACUUUGUGGAGGAUAAGAGAAUUAUAUUAUCAAAUAAAUGAUUUAUGGAUUCA